UUUUUUCUGGUUUGAGGCGGAGAACUUGAUGGUUUACUAUGAAGAAUUUCAAUUGGUUUAAGCAAAUUGCGAAUAAUGGGAAAUUAGAGAGGCGACUUUCAUUGGGUGAGUACAAGCGAGCAGCGUCAUGGUCCAAGUAUAUAGUAUCAUCAGGGGCGGCGAUAAAGGGAGAAGGAGAGGAGGAAUGGAGUGCCGAUAUGUCGCAGCUGUAUAUUGGGAACAAAUUUGCUUCAGGAAGGCAUAGUAGAAUUUACAGGGGAAUUUACAAGCAUGGGGAAGUGGCUAUUAAGCUUAUUAGCCAACCUGAAGAAGAUGGAGAUUUGGCUACUUUUCUCGAGAAGCAGUUUACUUCUGAAGUUGCUUUGUUGCUUCGGUUAAAGCAUCCAAAUAUCAUCACUUUUAUUGCAGCAUGUAAGAAACCACCAGUGUUUUGCAUUAUCACCGGGUACGUACCUGGAGGCUCCCUUAGAAAGUACCUCCAUCAGCAGGAGCCGUACUCCGUCCCUCUCAAUCUUGUUGUGAAAUUGGCCCUUGACAUUGCACAUGGGAUGCAGUAUCUUCAUGCUGAAGGGAUACUUCACAGAGAUCUGAAAUCGGAAAAUCUACUCCUUGAUGAGGAUAUGUGUGUGAAAGUUGCAGAUUUCGGGAUAUCGUGUUUAGAAUCUCAAUGUGGUAGUGCAAAGGGGUUCACCGGUACAUACCGGUGGAUGGCGCCAGAAAUGAUCAAGGAAAAGAACCACACAAAGAAGGUUGAUGUGUAUAGUUUCGGUAUUGUCCUAUGGGAACUUUUGACUGCAUUGACACCAUUUGAUGACAUGACCCCCGAGCAGGCGGCCUUUGCAGUCUGCCAGAAGAAAGCAAGACCACCAAUACCUGCUGCAUGUCCAUCAGCAGUUCGGAAACUCAUUAAACAGUGCUGGGCAAACAAUCCUCACAAGAGGCCACAGUUUGAGGAGAUUGUAACUGUUCUUGAAAGUUAUGCGGAGGCGCUUGAGCAGGAUCCUGAUUUUUUCCAAUCCUACCAGCCCUCUCGGAAUUUUAACUUGUCGCAGUGCUUGCCUAAUUGCAACAGAUCAGAUUCUGCUGAGGCAUAGCAAAUUCCAGAAUAUGUAUCUUAUUAUGUUAUCUUGGGUGACCAAAAUUAUCCCCAGGACCCCAAUCCCAAUGUGAAGUGUAUCAUAUUUUUUCUUAAGUUCUCACUUCUCAGUAUUAGUAAUGUUAUUGUUGUAAACUAAGUUACUAAGCCACUGUUUGAAUAUUUCGACAUUUGUUUUUGCUUGAAACUUGGAUCAGGAUUUUACAAGGAGAAUCCUGUUUGUUCAAUGAAAAAUUGUGUUUGCAAUUCA